AUGCCACCGCCGCCAUGCCUGGUGAACCAGCACGAGAUCACCUUCACCAAAAAAGAGGGCUGCACGCUGUCCACUUGCCUCUGCGUCACCCUGGCCGUCAUCUUCGUCACCCUAGGCGCAGCGGCCGGGAUCUACUACGGAAUUCAGUUCCUGGAAGGCCAGCGGUCAAUAGAGCGAGUCUACAAGGGAUCCUUCACAGUCCUCGAGGGAGACAGGUUCAGCGAAAACUUGGCGAACAGCCUCACCGACGACUUUAUGAUGAAGGCGGAGUACUAUCGCGCCAAGCUGGACCAGCUGUUCAACACAAGUGCCUACCAGUCUGGGUUCAAGAAGGUAGAAGUUAUUGCCUUUAACAAGAGACAAAAUAGGGAGCUGACGGUUCAUUUCAACGUGCACUUCGCUCUUAAUCGAAAGUCCGUAGACGCGGGAGACUUGUACUUUGUGUUCACGGACGAAGUCCUCCGCAGCAAGCUGGGAAUUUUCGACGGCCUGAAAAUUGACCCGGAGUCAAUCAUCGUCCAGGAGCGGAGGCUGAUGGCCGACCCCCUGGCGGAGUCCUGGACGCCCAAGCGGCAGUACCCGGGCUACCUGGCCGGACUGACAACGCAGCAGCCCGCGGUGAUUCCCCCGCGCCUCUGCGAGCCGCUCUCCAUUGACCACUGUCGCGGCCUGCCCUACAACCUGACCUCGUACCCGAACGCUGUCGGCCAUAACGGCCCCAAGGAGGUCUACAGGGACCUGGUAGCCUACCGGCAGCUCGUGGACUCCGAGUGCUACCCGCUCGCUGCCGAGUUCGUCUGCCAAUUGCUGCAGCCAGAGUGCGUUGACGACGAGAUGCUGUUGCCCUGCAGGGAUUUCUGCGAAGAAUUUUGGUCCGCGUGCAGAAAGCUACUGCCGAAGUCAUUGAGUGGAAAAAUCGACUGCAGUAACUAUCCGCAAUACGACGGCAACGGCAGCUGCCGCAACAAACCAGGGUGCGCCAACGAGCUGAAGGCAAGGGGAAAGACUGUGAGGGUGUGCGACGGCGUAGUGGACUGUCCAGACUUUUCCGACGAGACAUCUUGCGAUCGUUGUGGUCCGGGGCUACUCCACUGUGGAGACAGGCAGUGCAUCGACAUAACACAGAGGUGCGACUCAAGGCUGGACUGCACGAAUGGAGCCGAUGAACAGAACUGCUUGACGCUCGCAUCGAAUUCAGAGACCGUGAGCACGUCACCCCUGCUGCACCCGCACCAAGGAUACCUGAUGGCCAAUGAAAAGGGACAGUACAAGAAGAUCUGCAUGGACGACUUCAACUCGACACUUCCCCUGUUUCGCCGCGACGUCAUACUCAAAAAUCUGGCGACAACCGCGUGUUCUAUACUCAACCUGGGGCCACCUUCGAGAAUGGAGUUGCACAGGGAUGGGAACAGCAGCGACAGCUACCUGCAGCUGUUGGAUCCCCAGUCCCCCGGACUAAGGUUUUCAUCGGCUCACUGCCAGACAAAGCUGGUGGUUUAUCUGCAGUGCAGCCUCCAAGAAUGCGGGAAGUCUUCGGCCACGCCCCCUCAGAACGCCACGGCCAUGUACACGUCGAGACCCGGCCGGCACGGCGACUGGCCCUGGCACGUCAUGUUGCUCCAAGACAGCAAGCAUGUCUGCGACGGCACCUUGAUCAGCAACAAAUGGGUGCUCACCUCCAGCUCCUGUUUCAGAGGCCCCGACAACCAUAACUGGGCAGUCCGUCUGGGCUCAGUGCGCAAGAUGUCUGCCUCCCCGUUCGACGUGUACCUGAGGGCCAUCCAGAUCAUCCAUUCGCCGAUGGUAAAUGCUCAGCUCUCUUUGGUCCGUCUGGAAACGGAGGUCGAGGAAUCCCACUACGUCAGGCCGUCCUGUCUUCCUGCGCCCAACCAGAGGACAUCUGUCGGUGAAACCUGCGUCACCUUGGGAUACGACCUGAAAGGCGACCAAAUGGAGCAGCUGAACCUGGAAAUCGUGACAUUCACGGCCUGCUACAACUCUAGCCUUCCCGGCACCGGGAGCACCAUCUGCGGGCGGCAACAAGAGUCAAGUCAUAACUCAAUAUGUAUGCACGAGUCGUUACCUGGUCGGCAACUCAUGUGCUGGCGGGGCGACCGGUGGUACCUGUUCGGAGUGGGAAGCAGCAUGAGCAUGUGCAACGACCGCCCCGUGCCGCAGCACUUCCACACCAUAUCGUCGCACCUCCAGUGGAUCUCCACUGUCAUGGGUAUCAAGAAGCCCUCCUAG